AUGUCCACUGAAAUUGAUUUUCCCCGUGGCGGCUCAACAAAGCUACAAUCGUCUUUGCAAACUGAUUUGAAAAAGGCUAAUAAGGAAAAACGAGGUGUGAAACGAAAUUCUUCAAAUAUUCAAAAUCCUCCAAAGGAUCCUAAUGGUCCUGUGGACAAUGACAACGAGGAAUAUGCUACCGCAUUUCGUCAAAAUAUGUCUGUUGAAUUACUCGCUCAAAACAUGAGAGGAUUGGCUUUUGUCAAAUUUAUAGGAGAUAUUGAAGUUAUUUUGGAAUGUGUUGAUGGAAUUAGAUUAGUAUUGCCAGCUGAUAAAAUUAGCAGAAUAUUUAAUAAUCAAAUGUCUACUACAAAAGCAAAUUUGAAUAAUAUUUUUCAUAAAGGUCAAGCUUUUGCUUUCACUGUUGUCAAUGAAAAAUCAGGUGCUAUAAUUGAUCUUGGUUUCUCAUCAAGUUCUGUUAAAGGAUUUGUUCAGGCUGAGCAUUUACCUCCAUACCUUCAAUUAGAUAAAUUAUUCAUUGGUCAAGUUGCAUUAUUCUCUGUUAGGGAAAGACCAAAUAAAGAAACUCGUGUGAUUAAAUUGACUGGGUUUGUUGGACUUGAUGUUUUAGAUGGAAGUGAUGAUUUUGAUCAAAAACAACUUAUGCCUGGUACAAUUAUACAAGUUACACCAGAGAAAAAUGUUUUAAAUGGACUCUUUGCUAGCAUUAAAAAUGGUCAAAAAGUAUAUAUCCGAAAGGUUCAUUUACCUCCUCGGCUUCGAUUGGAUUCUCCUCAAGUAUUGAAGCCGUUCCGUGCUUGUGUUGUAUGUGUUCAGCCAAAUUCCUCCGUUCUUGUUCUCAAUGCUCAUCCUGAUAUUAUUGCCUUAUCUAAAUUGGAAAAAAGACUUCUCCCUGAGUUUAAAAUUGGAUCUGAACAUAAAUUUCGUAUUAUUGGAUAUUCUCCAAUGGAACGACUUUUGAAUGUUUCAAUGAAAAAGUCAGAUAUGAAGCAAACUGUGUUUUCUAUAGAAAAUGUGGUUCCUUGUGCCGUUCUUAACGGAACUAUAAAAUCUAUUAGAGAUACUGGAAUUAUUAUCGAAUUUGGAGAUGGAUUUACUGGUUUUGUAUGUGCAAUGCACGUUCUUGACAAGCCUGUGGAUAAAUGGCAAAGCAGAUUUAAAAAAGGCCAAAAGUUGCGUUGUCGUGUUUUAUUUAUUGAUUCAGCCUCUAACAGAAUUAUGCUUACCUCAAAGCCAUCAUUGGUAAAAAAGCCUGGAAAUGAAAAGUUUAUUACAACUUUUGACAAGAAUUUGGAAGGGGCAGUUUCAACAGGAGUUAUUAUUAAGCAUCUGGAAGGCGGUUCAUUAUUAAUUGCUUUUUUCAACAGAAUAACUGGAAUAAUGCGCCCAAAUGAAUUGAUAGGGCUUCCUGAGGCUGCGACUAAGAUUGGUUGUUGCAUCAAAGUUCGUGUACAAAGUGUAGAUCCAAAACGUUCACAAAUGAUUCUCGAACAACCUAUUCAUGCAAUUGGAAUUGGAGUAAACAAGCAAAAGAAGACAUUAACUACAAACUCUCAAAAGAUUACAACGAACACUAAACUUGCAAAACCAUUUAGAAUAUAUAAUGCUGAAGUGAUUGGGCCGUGGCCAUAUGGAGGUACAUCUUCUGCUACAACGGCUGAAUUACUUAUUCCUGGUGGAAGUGUUGGUCGACUCCAUGUAAGCGAAUUAAACAAUUUAGAUGAAUAUGGAGAGGGUUCAUGUCCUAUGCAACAAUUUUUGGAACGAAACACUGGAAAGAUGAUAAAUAUUAAGGUUCUCUCUGUUAGCAAAAGAAAAGCGUUUCCUGUUAAAGGGAAAAGAUUACUUGAGGAACGGAGAAAGUCAAAUAGAAUUGUUGAAUGCACAGCAAGAUGUGAUAAGUUGCAAGAGUCACGAAGAAAACUUUCAAUUUUGAAUUAUCGUAGCGUGUUCAAACCUGGAAAUGUGGUUGCAGUUUUCAUUGUUUCAAAAUCUUCAAAUACUACAAAUAAUGUUUUUGCUGAGAUAAAUCCUGAUUUUUCUGCUAUUAUUUCAAGAGAGAAUAUUAAAAUCAAUUCAAAACUGGAUCAUCAAAAUUCUGCAAUUAGUGUCGAUGAUUUGUUCGACAGUGGAGAACUUCGUUUUGGCAAAGUGAUUGGUGUCAACAAAACAAACAGGGGUAGGAUUGUGUUAUUGGAGUUGGUUGAUGCAUCUAAUUGUGAUUUUGAUGGAGAAUCGACCAAAAAUCUGUCAAAUGAUGUGAUAAUGUCUGAAUAUGAUAAUGAUUCAACUGAUGAAAGUGAUGAUAAUACUUUUAAUGGUGAAUGUGAUGGUGUUGAUGACGAACCUUUGGAAGAAGAGGAAAACGAGAUUGGUGAAGGAUCUGGAUCAGCACAAGAGUUUGAACAAAUUCUUCUUACAAAUCCUAAUUCAAUUUCACAUUGGAUUAGCUACAUUCAGUUUAUGACACGCAAAAGUACUUCAAAGAAGAAUUAUAUUUUGGGAAAGGAAGUUGUUGAGCGCGCUUUACAAACGAUAGCAUUCGAGAGUGAUAAUGAUUUGAGUAAAAUUUGGCGUUCAUAUCUUUAUUUGGAAGUGCUUUUAGGCAAUGAAAAAUCAUUGAAGGAAUGCUUUAAACGUGCUUGCGCAGCAACUGAACCAUUAAAGACACAUAAAUACUUGAUUGAUCUUCUGAAGAAACAGCCAAAUGCAGAGGGUCGUGAAAUGGAGAUUCGUGGUUACUUUGAAUCUUUAAUUAAGAAGAGUAAUGAAAUAGAACCUUGGUUUGCUUUUGCCAAACAUUUGUUGCAGCAAAAUGAUUCAAAUCAAAUUCUUCAACUACUUAGAAGAGCAAUACAAUGUACAGAAAAACGAAAACAUCUACAAUUAAUCAAAGGAUUUGCUCGAUUAGAGGCUCAAUAUGGAGAUGUUGAAAGAUCAAAAACAAUGCAGGAAUUGAUAAAGAAUUAUAAAGAAGUUGGAAAACAGAUAGACAUCCAAUCCUUGGAAAGAGCACUUGGUGUGAGGAUAGAGCAAAAUUAG